CCCGCCCCGCCCCGCGCCGCUGUGGCUCCUUCAUGCGGCAGCGCUGGGCGCGGGCGGAGGCUUGGAGCGGCUGCGGUGCAGCGCUUCCCGCCGGGCCUCGGCGCAUGUGAGCGGUAGGGCGGCGGCACAUUGGCCAUGCGGUGGCCCCGCGGCCCCCGCGGUGCCUGGCGGCUGCUGCCCCGGCGCUCGCUACUGGCCGUGCUCUUCCUUUUCUCGCUCUCUUCCUCCUUCCUCUACUUCGUCUAUGUGGCGCCGGGCAUCGUGAACACCUACCUCUUCAUGAUGCAAGCCCAAGGUAUCAUGAUUCGUGAAAACAUGAGAACAAUAGGAGCUCAGGUGUAUGAGCAGGUGGUCCGCAGUGCCUAUGCCAAGAGGAACAGCAGUGUGAAUGACUCAGAUUAUCCUCUUGACUUGAAUCACAAUGAAACCUUUCUGCAAGCUACAACUUUUCUUCCUGAAGAUUUUACGUACUUCCCCAACCACACCUGUCCUGAGAAGCUCCCUUCUAUGAAGGGCCCCAUUGAUGUAAAUAUGAGCGAGAUUACGAUGGAGGACAUCCACCAGUUCUUCUCCAAAGACCCUUCCAUCAAGCUGGGAGGCCACUGGAAGCCGAGCGACUGCCUGCCUCGCUGGAAGGUGGCGAUCCUGAUCCCAUUCCGCAAUCGCUAUGAGCAUCUUCCAGUCCUUUUCAGGCACCUUAUUCCAAUGCUGCAGCGUCAGCGUUUACAGUUUGCAUUUUAUGUUGUAGAACAAGCUGGUACUCAGCCCUUCAACCGUGCCAUGCUUUUCAAUGUUGGCUUUCGGGAAGCAAUGAAGGACUUGGACUGGGACUGUCUCAUUUUCCAUGAUGUGGACCACAUACCUGAAAAUGACCGCAACUAUUACGGGUGUGGACAGAUGCCAAGACACUUUGCAGCCAAACUGGACAAGUACAUGUACCUGCUUCCCUAUAAUGAGUUCUUCGGUGGGGUGAGCGGCCUGACUGUUGAGCAGUUCUGGAAGAUCAAUGGUUUCCCUAAUGCCUUCUGGGGCUGGGGCGGCGAGGAUGACGACUUAUGGAACAGAGUGCAGUAUGCAGGCUAUUCAGUGACUCGACCAGAAGGAGACACAGGGAGAUACAAAUCAAUUCCCCACCAUCAUCGAGGAGAAGUGCAGUUCCUAGGAAGGUACGCCUUGCUGAGAAAGUCAAAAGAAAGGCAAGCCCUGGAUGGCCUCAAUAAUUUGAACUACUUUCCUAAUGUCACAUAUGACGCCUUGUAUAAGAACAUCACUGUCAACCUGACACCAGAGCUGGCUCUGGUAACUGAAUAUUAAGUGGAGAAAAUAACUUUGUUCUGCCCUUCACCAAGAGAACAUCACAUCUGACUUUCUUUUCCAAAGGUUGUCAAGGACAAAAUACUUUGUCUAAUGAAGGAUCACAGUAUUUUGGAGCAUAAGGCUGAAAAUGCACGCACAAAUUGUCCCAAAUGGCCCAGCCCGACCUGGUCCUCAUGCAGUGAGCUCCGCAGGCUUUUUUGUUCCCUGCCAUUUGCUUUCUGGGUUUCAGGACAGCUGUUGGAGCUGCUGUUCUCAUCUCCACAUUCUUCCAGCAAUCCUCAGCUCCGGGCUCAAUUAGGGCAUGUUCUUUCCUCUGGCAAGUGUUGGGAGCAAUGCAGUUGGAACUGCCCUGGUGGGAGACCAGACCACUUCUGGUACCAUUCUUCUACAUUUGUGCUGUUUGUUUGUUUUUUUUUUUAAAUUACCUGCUUAAAGUAUAUACAUAAGAAUCGCUUCUUAAAGAAGUGUAAAUGUAAAUAUGCUGUGUAAAUUGCCCAUUUUUAUUAUCUUCUAAGGUUUGAAUCCAAGCUAGAGGUUUACAUAAGGUUACUCACUCAUCUUAGUCCUGAGUUCUGUAAGCACUUGUGUGUGCAUCACUGUAUUUGUGCAAGUUGUUCCCUAUUCCACCAGUGAGAAUGCCUGCAUGAUUUAAUCUAUGCAUAUGCAUUAAUAUUUGUGGGACAGAGCCCUCAGCAUUAAAAGCAGCAGAUGAGAAAUACAACCAUGUUAUCACUCCUUACAGCAAUCAUGUAGGUGGCUCCUUCCGGGAAGAGAGAAUAAUAUUUCUAUCAUGUUUGUGACAUACUGUGCAGAUCAGUGUGAAGCUGUAUGGGAUGGGAUACACCACCUGUUCUGCGCAACCCAAUGGCAGACAUGGCUCUGCAGCUCCUGGGAGCUCACCUAGUCCCUGCCAUCCUCAUGUGGAGCAGGAGGGAUUUGAGGGUUGUUCUGUGGAAGAGAAUUAGGUAAGCAGUGAGUGAACCUGGUGAUGUGGUUUCCACUGUUGGCUACUUGAAAGCACUGGCAGGAGUGCAGCUGGUGGACAGGCUGUCUGCAGACACCAGUACGGGAUAGAUGAAGGACGGCGUGAGUUCAGCUUAUGCAGGCUUGAGGACUAGGAACCUGACAGCUUGGUCUGGUGCCCCAUCCAGCCUCUGGAAUCCUGUGCCCCCAUCCUUGCUCUGCAGCAGGCUGGGCUGUGACUGUCCCAUCCCCUUCUUGCCCUGAGUCAGUCUGUAGGUUACACAGCAUGUAUACAGUCAUUUUUACUGGACUUCCCCAACUUAAAGGUAAAUAUAUUGGGGGUUGUGUUUUAAAUUAUAUUUAUACAAAGCACUUGUGAGUAUUUAAUCUCAGAAGUACUUUAACUUUCUUCUUACUGCAUUGUUUACCUUAAGUUUCCUUCUUGUUCAUAGUUUACAUUCCUUUCUUAGAUGUGUGAUCCCCAUACACAUCUGUUGUGGGAGUGACUGCUCAGAGCAUUCCUAACCUGUAUCUGGAAAAUGAGGGUUAGAAAACAGAGUUCUGGUAGUGCAGAUCUAACUGGCCAGCAUGAGAGGACAGCGAGCCUGUCCUUGAAAAGUGCCGAUAGUUUGGAACCUUAGGUUUAAAGCCUUUUUGAAUUUACAUGUGCUUUAAAGUCACUUCCCAAGGGGAUUCAGGAUGGUUAUUUAUUGGCAGAGGUAAGGAUUUGCUUUUUAUGACACAUAGCAAUAAAGACUUCCAUUUCUGAAUCUUGAUCUCUAAUUCACAUGAUCCUUUUCAGAUGGUAAACCUGUGUUGCCCUGACCCUCUUUUCUUUAAUCUUGAGACAUUGCUAGAAAUUUCUUUGUUUAAUGGUGCUUCAAACAAGGAAUGUAUUUCAACUUGUCUACAUUCACUACUGCAGGAAAUCAUGCAUGUGUGUGUGAGUAGGUGUUUAGCUACCUUUGUUUGAAUCCUCAGCCUUUGAAGUGUACCUGACUUCCGUUGCACCUUGUGUUGAACAAAGUGAGAUGUUACCUCUGUUCAGAAAUGCACUGUACAGUUGGCGUAAGAGUCCAUUUUGCCUCAGCAACAUCCCUGUUCAUAGUUUUUGUUCUAAUUACAUUGAAUUUUUCCCUUUUUAAAAUGUGGAAUACCAUAAAAUGUGCACUGUUAAUCUUAUCGGAUAUGUCAGAUACUUUAUAGUAAGUGUAACUGUUAAAAACAUACUGUCAAGCGCAUGUGCUGUUAUGAUGUAGAAAUUCUCAUAUCAAAGAGAACUUGUACAUAUUAUGGCAGCUGAGAUCCAACAAAGCUACUUGUUCACCCUUUCCAUGUUACCACAGUAUCACAGUCCCACGGGGGGCAGGCCAUGUUCAAUGUUGACUUUAAUAAGCCAUAGGAGUUUAAUUUGCAAAAGUAUUUAUUUUUGGUUUGCUAUUUGUAAAGCUCUGCUUGUCUGGGGAAGGUACUGUCUGAGCAACAGCCACAAGCUGAAGUUGCUCACCAGCAGAGGUGGCUUCAGACUAUAGCGUGUCUUUCCUGUCAUUGCUCUUGGGAUUAUUGAGCUUACUGUUAUGUUUUUAAGAGGUGCCUGGGGACAUUUUUUGCACUGAAGACUAAGUGUUUUAAAACACACACACACACACACACACACACACACACACAUAAUUCUCAGCAAAGCAAUCCUUUAUGUUAUUACAUUUAUUUACCCAUGUCUUUGUACAUUUUUGUAUUUGUUAAUUUAUGAAUGAUUUUUUUCAGUAAAAAAAAAAUACAUUCAAGAACAAUGCUGGCAGUGGCUUCUUCUGAGUAUUGGUGUUGGGGUGAGCUCAGUGAGAGUGGUGCAGGGGGAGGGCAGAAGUUCCAGGGGUGGCCUUCUGCAGUAUAUGCAGGAUUGUUCCCAGUUGCUGAGGUCUGGGUAAGAGUGGAGGCAGCUGGCUGCAACCCUGUUCUCUUAGCAUUAGAGCUGACAGAGAGAUUGCAUUUAUGGUCAGGCAAUGAGCUUCCUUAUAAGCUUUAAACUAUCUUCCUCCUGCUUUACUAGAAAAAAUAGCCGUCAGCCUUGGUUUGUCCCAAGCCUUACCAUUAUUUAGCUCUCAGCCUUUGGGGAAACUACCUCCUCCCCCUGGUGCUGGGAGGACUGCUUGGUGGGGACUCCUUCCAUCACUGGUCACCCCUGAGGCUGUGGGGAGGAGGGAGGAUAUGUAGCCCUGGCUUGUCUGUGCCAGAAAGGAGAGCUUGUGCCUCACUGAACUCUGAAACUCUUUGCUGGCUGCCAGGGGACACCAGCUACGAAGGUGGCUGGAGGAAUACAUUGCUGCAAGUAGAAAUUUGGGUGUGGUGCUCAGGGAUGUAAUAGAGCAGUGGGUUGGUAGGGUAGUAUGGCUAGGUUGCGGUUGGACAUGCUGACCUUGAAGGUAGAAAUCUCAGAGUGGUGAGGCCAGGUAUGAAAGGUAUUAGUACUUUGCUUAUGUAAAAGUUGCUAGGCUCUUUUGGGUUGCUCUGUUAAUUGUUUCACACAAUCCUUGGCUUCUCAGCACACACAUGUCUAAUUGAUACUAGCUUUUUUCAUCACCACAGACAGUGGAAGAAAUAAAAGCCUGGCAACACCGAUUCGAUCAUUUAUUUAUUAUCAGACAUUCAUAAACAUAUAGCACAGGUUCGCUGGGUUUGCGGAAGUUUUCCAGAUUGGCAGGUCCCCAGCAAUCCCGUCGUAGGUGUUGUUUCCGCGGUCUCUGCUGCCAUCGUGUGGCCAAUCCGUGGAACUGCGUCCGUUUGGUGCCGCGGGCAGCACGACGCAUACACGCAGUCACGCGGAAGUGUCUUGCGUACGUUCUCGUAGCUCUGCGCAUCGAAUCCGCCAAUCUUUACUAUCCUCGUCCGCCAGACUGUAGUACGCAUGCGCCCGAGAAUUAUUGAAAUAGGUCUAGUUUCUAAAAUUCACAAAGGUACGGGUGAGCGGUGAACUCCUGAACUGCCGGCUCGGCCAUUUUCUCCGCCCUUACAACCAAGUGUGCAACUUGUCCAUUCCCUCGGGCGGUUAUACGCCCAAGCCCAUACGGGAAACGGACCCUUUUAGAUCCCAGCGGCGCCUGCGCUCGUCGUAUGCGUAAUGAGGCCAUAGCGCAAGCGGAACGCCGUGUCGGGAGGUGCGCAUGCGCAGUGCAGGUCUGAGACUAGCGCAUGCGUAGAGUUAAGUCGAGAGUAGCGUAUGCGUAGUGCUAUUCCGCCGGGACGUGCGCAGGCGCAGUGUAGUGUCAGGACUGGCGCAUGCGUAGCGUUCAGUCGAGAACGGCUCGUAGGUCGAGAAGGGUGCAAGCGUGGCGUGAUGCGGUGAUAUGUGCAUGCAUAGUGCGGUGUAGAGACUGACACAUGCGUAGUGCAAUUCUAAGAGAGGCGCAAGGGCACUGCAGCUUCGAGAUUAGCGCAUGCGUACUACAGAGCUACGACUGAAGCACGUGUAGUCCAGUUCCGAGACUGGCGAAUACGCAGAGCCGCAAACGAUGGCGCAUGCGUUUUGCGGCCCUGAGGAAAGCAUGCGCAUUGUGGUGCCGAGGCUGGCGCAUGCGCAGAGCCGUGCGAACGAUCGCGCACAUGCCCAAUGCGUUCUUGCAGCUGGCGCGUGCGCAGAGCACUUGGCACAUGCGCAUUGCAGGGCACAGACAUGCGCAUGCGCCGUGGCGGGCAGAGUCCGGCGCAUGCCCCGUUCGGAACAGAAUCCAGUGCGUGCGUAGCGGUGUGUGGUUUUUUUGUUUUUUUUUUUUUAAACCACUGGCGCAUGCGUCGUGCUUUCUCAUGAAUCGCGCGUCCGUACUCCGUGCUGUGGUCUCGAGAACUGCGCCUGCGUAGUGCGGUGCGGAGACUGCCGCGUGCGCAGUGCCUAGAUUGGCAUGUGCGUGUUGCUCUCGCGAGACUUGCUUUUCCAGGAACGCUGCGGUGCAGGGCUGGGGCUGGAAGGGGACGUGUGCUCCCCCACCGCGGCGGCAAGGACACUGGGUGCUACGAGGCGCUUGAGGGGCAGCUGUGAGCCGACCCGGUCCGUUCCCGGGUGGGCUCGGGCAUAAAUCGGCGGAAAUAGACGAGGGGCAUCCUGGAUUAGAAGGGGAGAAUUUCGCUGAGCCGGCGGUCCGAGAAUCGGCUGCUUGCCCGUCCCCCUAGCGGUUUGUCGAAACAAUUGCUAUCUUUGAGUUGACGGGCGCAUGUUCGCUAUUAUCUGGAGGACUGAUCACCAUAGAGAGCGGCGGAUUAGCGACGCAGAGCGGUUAAAACACCACUUCCGCGUUUCUACGCGCAUGCGUUAUACCGCUUGCCGGCCUGAGCAGCGGGCAGCGGCAGUUCCGCGCAUUGGCCACGAGGUGGCAGCAGAGACCGCGGAAAGAACUUUUCUGACGGAUUGCCGGGGACCCGCGGCGCAGUCCCUGGCGAUUCGUUCUCUCUGCGUCUUGUGAUGACGGGGGCAGAACACGAAGUUAGACGUGGAGGGUGUGUGGAGGGAAAGACGAAGAAAAAAGAGGGAAACUUCUCCAAACCCAGGAGAGCUGUGCUAAGUGCUUAUAAAUAGCUGUAAAAAAAAAGAGGCUUUUUUUUUUUUUUUUCUUUUUGCCAGCAUCCGUUGCAUCGUUUCUAAAUGUUUGCAUAUCAAAGUGUAACUGCCCAACAAAUGUAAUGAUAACGAAAUUAAAGCCCAUUGGCAGAAAGCAC